UCCGCUUCUCAGAACUGUUCCUCUCAUAAACCAUGUUGUCAGUCAACAACGCAAUGAUUGCUGGAAGGCAGACAGGCUGCGUCUACGUCGUCGCGUUCAUAUGCCUUGCAGUUGUCACAUUGGGAGCUGUAGAGACGUCAGCGCUGGACGUCAACACAUGGUCUGAUCGAUGUCGACUGAAGCUUGAUGAGGGGAUUUGCAGGGCAUCGAUGCACCUCUGGUUUAAUAACUUUACCAGUGGGAAAUGCGAAGAAUUCAUUUUCGGAGGCUGUGGCGGAAAUGAUAACUAUUUUUACACCAAGGAAGGAUGCGAAGAGAGGUGCAAGUUUGUACCUAAGGAGGCAUGCACCCUGAAACCCGACGAAGGUCGCUGCAGAGCGACGAUCCCGAGAUGGUAUUUCAACGAGACAACCUGGCAGUGUAAGAAGUUCCAAUAUGGAGGUUGUGAGGGGAACGGUAAUAAUUUCCUAACCAGUAGAGAGUGUGAGCAAACCUGCCGUCGCACGAAAUAUCUGAAAGUCAACAACUACACUAACAUCAAUUACACGAUAGACUGUGAGCCUCAACCAGGAAAAGGGAACUGCACGUAUGCUUCAAAGCGUUUCUUCUACAACGCAAGCAUCGAGGCAUGUCAGCCCUUACAGAAUGGCACCUGCGCUACAGGGCGAAACGAAUAUCGUCAAAAAUCGAAAUGCUUCAUGGCUUGCUUUGGACAUCCUGUGAACAUGACGGCACAUAAACUCUUGGAGGACGAGUACAACGACAUGGAGAAAGGAGACGAGUGGCAGCUGAUGACACUUCCACCUAGAGAAGAAAAUUAAAAAAAUAAAAUAAAAAAUACUGUCGUGACAUGGAGGCUCACGUCACGAGACUUAUUUAUGUGAAUUUACAUGACGGUACGAUUAAAUAUUGUUUCAAUUGUUCAA